AUGGCUUCUUUCUUUUCACGGGCCAGGUUAGCGACCUUCUCCAAGUUCGCUGCAGGUACCGCCAUCGCAGGCGCCGCUAGCUUUCACCUCUGGACGCGUCAGUGCGCGUUUGACGACAACUUCACUCCAGCCAACGAUCCUCUCUUCAAACAUCCUCUUCUCAAAAAAGUUAAUCCGAAAAACAACCCCGACUUCCACGACUGUUGCUUCCGCACGGUCUCAUUUGACAAGCUGCGGCCGGAACUGGUAGAGGACGCUCUCGGUGGGGGCUCAAAACUUGUAGAGUCGUAUUCUGCCGGUGUUUGGGGACGAUAUGCCUUCAACAUUCAAAGGAAAAUCAUGGAGAUGGCUCGUAAGGAUGAGUCUAAUGCCGGAGACCUUUGGGAGAAUGAGGACCUGUUGAAAAGCACCUACCAGGCCGGCACAAUCUUUGCUGAUGACUUCAUCGUCAUUGAAAAGUCACCAAGCAGCAUCUUGCUGCGGGGCGGACUCUCCCCCAGAGUAGCCCCUGAUGGGCCUCGCGAGCUGGACAGCAUCAUCACGCUCGAUGCAGAGCUCGACCAUCAGGCUCGAGUCGUCAACUUCAAGCUCAAGUCGAUAUUGGUCGAUGGCACGAGCAACGGUAAAGGUGUCCCACUUGUUGGACCUGGAAUCUUCUUGCAUCAGCAGUACGCCAAGUUGUUGGUGACUGCUGGUGUUGACCACUGUGCUGUGUGA